CAUCUCUCCCACAUUCAUCAACCACAUCAAUUAAACCCACGCGCCUCACGCGCCUUCCCUUCUCUCUCUCCUCCUUCUUUCUAUCUCCUAUAGGAAAACCGCCUUCCCACUUCAUUCUUUCCUGUCGUUUUAUUGUUAUAUAUAUCAAUAGAAAACGAAAAAGAAAAGAAAACCCAAAAAAUAAUCUCUCUCUCUCUCUCUCCUCAAUGGGUUGCUGGGGCAUGGAUAUCACCCAAAUCUAAGAGCGACCCACGUUAUGUUAUGUUUCUCUCUUCCAUUUGAAGCGGAAUUUUUUUUCUCAUACCAUACCCCAUUUCAUUUUCUUUCUCUAGUUUUUUUUUUUUAAUAUUUUUUUCCCAUUAAUGUCAAGGGUUUGUCUCAAAGUCCUUUGAUAUUCCCAUUUUUUUUUCUUUGAUAAUUUUUUUCGCCCCGGUUUUGGCCUUCAUUGCCGUUAAUCUGGCGACUUUGGACAAAUCUGGGCAUACCCAUUUGGCCAGUGACACUGGAGAAGCAUUACACAAACACAAAGGUUCUGACUCGUUUUGGUCCUGACCUGGUGUUCUCAGGAUUUUUCGCGGUGUAGAAAAAUGUUUUGAGGUUCUUUGGCUUCAUCUUUGAUCAUGGAGGGAGAAACAUCAUGGUUUAGCCAUUGCCUUGAUGAGAUGUCAAGAGAAAUUGGGGUGCUCGAUUCAUACUCGGAGCUUGGUGAUGAAGGUAAUAAAGAAGCUAAUGCAGUUUCUGUGGACUUGAUCUUGCCCGACGACUUGUUAGAACGGAUCCUAGCGUAUCUUCCCAUAGCUAGCAUUUUCAGAGCAGGUUGUGUUUGUAAAAGAUGGCAUGAGAUUGUUAGUUCAGAACAAUUUUUAUGGAACUUUUCACAAGUACUAUCUCAAAAGCCUUGGUACUACAUGUUUACGAGCUCUAAUGAAGCUCUUGGUUAUGCCUAUGACCCCAUACUUCGGAAGUGGUAUGGUCUCGAACUUCCCUGCAUCCGAGCACCCAAUUGGUUCAUUGCUUCGUCGUGCGGUUUGGUUUGUUCAAUGGACAAUGACAGCAGAAGCGAGUUAUGCGUCUGCAACCCCAUCACAAAACGUUGGAAGAAGCUCGAGGAGCCUCCCGGUUUGAGGUUUUCUGAUUACAGUGCACUUGCAAUCUCAGCAAACAGGAUAUCGCUCGGUUACACCAUCUCGAUCGUGAAGUCCAAGCAAGUCACUGGAAACUUUUUCCAAUGGGACAUCUCAAUUCACAUCUAUGAUUCAGAAACAACGAUGUGGGUCACUUCUCUGACCGAAGUUUUGACGGGAUGGAGGGCUGGGGAUGAGAGUGUGAUCUGCGGUGGGGUUCUGUACUUCUUGAUUUACUCCACCGGAGGCGGGGCACCAGAAAACCGUCAUGGCCUAAUCACAUACAACCUGUCCACCCGAUCUUCUCAUGGUUUGUUGAUAAGGAGUUUCGUUCCUGUGCCUUGUCCUCUUACCUGUGGCCGAUUGAUGAACUUGAAGGAGAAACUGGUAAUGGUUGGAGGAAUCGGCAAACCAGAUCGACCCGACAUAAUCAAGGGGAUUGGCAUCUGGGUUUUGAAUGGGAAGGAGUGGCAAGAGAUUGCUCGUAUGCCUCACAAGUUUUUCCAAGGAUUCGGCGAGUUCGAUGAUGUUUUUGCAAGCAGCGGUACUUAUGAUCUCAUAUACAUUCAGAGCUACGGAGCUCCAGCUCUUCUGAUCUAUGACAUGAAUCACAAACAAUGGAAAUGGUCACAGAAGUGCCCAGUGACAAAGAGAUUCCCACUUCAGCUCUUUACUGGUUUUUGUUUCGAACCCAGGCUUGAAAUUGCCCCUUAAACAUGUUUUUACCCUGGCAUUGAAGUGGUGAUAUUGACAAGUUUAUCAGAGAUUUCUACUUUUCUCCCUACUUUUUUUUUUUUCUUUUUUCCUUAGUUUCUGCUAUAAUGAAAUCUGUGUUUCAGAAUUUUAAUACAACACAAAAAAAAAAAAAAAAAUGUACCAGCAUUGCUGAUAAAGCUGCUCAUUCAUGACUAUUGGAAUGUUAUUCUUUGCAUUUAGAAAUACCGAGUGAGUAGAUUCAAA